UGGCGCCAGGCUGCGGACCGCCGAUCAGCUCGAUGAGCGGGGGCGCAGCUGCGGCGCUGCGACCGACGCGGGGUCCGCCGCCACUGUCUCCCCCUCCCGGCCUUUUCCCUCGGCCUCGGGCUCCUUCCCCCGCCCGUCUGGCACCGCCCGCCCCGGAGAGCUGCCGAGAGUUCCCCGGGAGCCACAGGUGCUGAAUACUUAUUUUGCUGGGAAACAGAAAAAUACUUGGGGAGCAAAAUAUGCCCCCCAAGUUCAAGCGCCACCUAAAUGAUGAUGAUGUCACUGGUUCUGUGAAAAGUGAAAGAAGAAAUCUUUUGGAAGACGAUUCAGAUGAAGAAGAGGACUUUUUUCUAAGAGGACCAUCUGGACCAAGAUUUGGACCUAGAAAUGAUAAAAUUAAGCAUGUUCAGAAUCAGGUGGAUGAAGUUAUUGAUGUUAUGCAAGAAAAUAUUACAAAGGUAAUUGAAAGAGGGGAGAGACUAGAUGAACUACAGGACAAAUCAGAAAGCUUAUCGGAUAAUGCAACUGCUUUUAGCAACAGAUCCAAACAACUUCGAAGGCAAAUGUGGUGGCGUGGUUGCAAAAUAAAGGCCAUCAUGGCUUUGGUUGCAGUUAUUCUUUUGCUAGUGAUUAUCAUUCUUAUAGUUGUGAAAUAUCAUACUUGAUUUGAUGACAGACAUCUUCAUUAAACAAGAUCUGGGACAAUAAUAAUAAAAGAUUGCUGCAUAAUUUAAGUGAAACCUAUGUAUAUAACUUUCAAAACUUCAUUUUCAAGAAACUAAGAGGCAAGUAUCACUUCAAAUUGGAGCAUUGAGAAUGUCCAAUUAUCUUCUUCUAACAAAAUUUUCUUUUAAUAAUUAUGUUUAAGGUGAAGAUAACCAACCUCUAUUUUGCCAUAUUCCAAGGAUCUAAUUUGAAACUAGAUACUUGCCAGUCAUAAUUUGUGUAUAUAGCUAAUAAACACUAAUGACAAUAUUUCAUACUAGUAUUUUAAUGGCAUAAGGACUGGGCAUUAUUGCAUUAAGGUUCAGGUGAGGCUGGGGAUCAGGAAGAUUAUGAAGGUACCAAGUCAUUAUACUGGAAGAGAUGCAUAACCAUUCUGUCAAUAUUUGCAAAAAUAUUCUUUUCAUAUUACAGCUGCUUUGCAAGCAAUUUCUACAUGUUUAUGGGUGUAACAAAAGUGUUAAAUGUUGUAAAUGUUGCUGCCUUCAGCUAUAACUGAAAACAUUCAAGUAAAUCUGUUUUUGGCUGUAUAAGGAAAUGUGUAGUAAUUUUUUGGCAUUUGGAUUAUGGAAAUGGGAAAUUUGAACAGUGUGAAAAGACAGUAUGGCACCAUAAAACUGGAGAUAAUAAAAUUAUUGAAGAAUGUUAUUGGAGUGCUUGAAAAUGACCAAUAACUACCAGUGAUGACCCAGUCUGUUUUCAGUUAAAUUCAAUAAGAAGGGACCAGUCAUUCCUGAUGUGAAUAAAUGAAACCUAUAGGAAACUUAUUCUUCAGUUUUAUUUUCAUUAAUACUUCAACCAUCCCUUUUACCAAAAGUGCUAAAAGUAGCAAAAUCGUCUGCUUUGAAUUUUAUGUUGUUGUAUUCUCUGAUCACUUUGGGGGAGAUGCUUGUUGUACAACCAAGUAUCAGAUCAGUAAUGAGUAGUGAAACAUCAGGAGCCUCGUAAGGUGCACACGGGCCACUCAGUCAGUCAGUGACAAAGUGCUAGAGUCACCAUGAAUCUCAGCCUGUUUUACACUGAUAAAAGUGUUAACUUUAGGAAGUGCCAAUCUCCUUGUGUUGUUUAAAUGAAUCAAAAUAAAAAUACAUUGUCCACUAGUGUGUAGAGGGAGGAGAAAUUAGAAUUGGUGAUUCUGUAGAAACUUGUGCUCAUGGACAUCUUGAGAGGGUGUGUGUGUGUGUGUGUGUGUAUCACUCCCUGAAUUAGAAAUAGGGUAAAUAGAAAUUAGCAGUAUUUAAUGGGGUAAAAUGAUUCUGUAGAGGUUUCAUUUCUUUGGUCAUUUUAAUGCAAAAUGAAGGAUACACAGAAUCUGGGUUUUUUUUGGUUUUACCUUUUAAAAUUCUAUAGUAUUAGUACUAGGAGGCAAAAGUUCUAUUCAGAAUGGAAAGACAUUUGAAAGGAGAAAACAGAUUAGGUAACAUUCAAGACACCUGCAGGUUACAAAGAUCUGAAUAUAGUUGUUAAAUUUUAUAGUUUGCUUAGAGCAUUAAAAAGGAGAUAAAGAUCUUACACAUUAUGAAACGUUGUCUCUGGUCUCUCUACUCUUUGUAGAUGUCAAUUAAUGUAAAUAGCAUCAGAACUGCUGUUAAGUCCCUUGACAAAAUAGGAUGCCCAGGAACAUGAUCAUUUUUAGAAUUUCAGUAGCUAAUAGUUCUGGAACGGAACUGUUUUAACUGAAUGGACAGAAUAAAUCUUAAAACAUGUUAUAUGUGCCCUUUAUUUGGAUUGGAACUGGACUCAUAAGUAGUUCAUUUUCUAUUAGUUGGUAUAGAAAUCUGGUUUCUCCCUAAAUCUGUCAGAGUUGAUGAAGAUUAUUUUUUUAAAAGAAUCCACAUUUCCAGUGUUCUUUUAAUGAAGUAUGCCACUUUUAAAGACAUGAAUAUAAAAAAUAAUAUAAAAAUUAUUUUUAAAAUUUUAAUCAAAAAUAAAGGAAAUAUUUAUAAUAAUAUUGUAUAUAUGUAUUUGUCUUUGUAUCUAUAUAAUAUUGCUGCUGAGGAUACUGGUGUCACUCUUAGAGCUUUUAACAGGGGUGGCCUCAUUUCAUCUUCCUUAGUCUUAAUUAAUCCUGGGACCCUUAUAGUGGCUGGCAUGUUUAUGACUUUAUGGUGGUAAACUGGAGACUUGAGCCUUAAGAUCAAGAACAGAAGAAAAAUAUAUUGUUCAACCUGAUGCCAGACCUGCCUUCUUUUCCUUCCUUAAUAGCUCUUUUUCUCAUUCAGCUCAGAUCAUCCUCCACUUGAAAAAUGAAGUUUUAUCACCAUCAAAGCUAUCGUUAUUUAACAUCAAUGAAGAUCAACAGAAUAAUUCAAGUAGUUUUGUAAAUACUGAUUGAUACUCAGUGAAAUUAGGUCACUAUUUUUAUGCCUGACUCUACCCUUGUGAUUUAUGUUUCAUUGCAGAAGCCUAUUGCCUUGUGGCAAUUUUGUGAUUAUAAAACUGAUAAGUUGCUUCCUGAUUAUAACUCAGUAAUACCUGAGGUCUUUUGGCUUCUCUGUCUUGACAGAGGUCACUGGAUUGCUCUCCGAUUCUUGAUUAAAGGAAAGUGCAAUAAUGAAGAUAGAGUAUUGACCUAAAAUAGAGGAAGGAUAAUUAAUACACAUCAGACAGAGAUACCUUGUUAGCUUUCCUAUAGAUUACCUAUUAUUAUAGUCUUUCUGUGUAUUCCAGUACUCUGAAUUAGAAAAUUAUAAUUUCAGCAUUUUUGAUAGCAGAAAUUGGCAUCUUUCAUUUCUGUGUAGCAUGUGGGUACCCUAAUGAUUAUACGUGUACAGACCGAGCAAGCAAGAACAAAAAGAAAGUGAAAUCUCUCAUUGGCAGUACUCUUCAACUUGCACACUGACUCUGUAUUUACAUCUGCAGAUGCACUGUUAUUUUAAAAAGGAAAGAAAUUUUCUCCACGUUGAGAACGAAUGCUGCUGUAUGUCCUUAAUCGUAUUAAGUCAGAGUAUCACUAAAUCAAGAAUAACUGGUUCUAUUAAUCUAAUUUUGUGUUUUCACAUGGAAAUGUGAUGAGUCAAUUUUAUUUCCUGUAAGUAGAAAGUAAGAGCAUGAGUCAAUCUGAAAUAAUUUAUACAUUUGUUUUAGAAUGCACCAUAGUACUUAUCUGUGUAGGAAAUUGCCACAGAGCAAUGUGGAGACAUUGCAGUUUCCAACAGGCUGAAAGGUGCUCUACUUCUUGAUCCAGCCACUGUUGUUUUUUUCAUGUUGUAGACAAAUGACACCAUCCCUUAGACCAGUGGUUCUCAACCUUCCUAAUGCUGCGACCCUUUAUACAGUUCCUUUGGGUCACGACCCACAGGUUGAGAACUGCUGCCUUAGACUGAUGUUGUGUCUGGGUGGACCUUUUUUAUACAUUUGAUAUUUGUGUUAUCUGACUUUUUGUUUCCUGGAAAUCAAGUAGAAUAAGGAGUGGAAUACAAACUCUUUUAUUCUGGCUCUUGUUUUGUUCUAAGAAGAUGCUUGGAACAAGUUAUUAGGAAUUGAAAGAAAAGCAUGACUGACCCAAUUGUGGAGGAUGAAUGUAAGCUUGUGGAAGCAAGGACUGCGAUGUGUUUCUGUGCCUCCCCAGCACAGUGUGUUGUACCUGGCAGGUAUGAGCUAAAUGUGUGUUGAACGAACAUGCCUAGAAAGUCACAAAGACCCCAGCAUGCUAGUAAUCAGUGAGAGGUGGCUCCAUGGUGCCCCAGAUGACUGACUUCAGAGCAGGGUCUUUUGCCCUGGCCUGGAGAUGAGAGUGCUCCCUUCCUGUAACUGGACAUGGAAAAGAUGUGGUUUUAGGGUAUUCCAUUAGGUUCUUCACAUUCUCAGUGUAUGAAGUGAUCUUGUAAUCAAGUCAUAUGUUAAAUACCUUAAGGCUACAAAAUAAAUCAUAUAAAUCAGAGAUUUUAGUGAAAUAUCAGAAAUCAAACUAUAAGAAAAUUCAAGCACUUUAUUUUAUGUCUUGGGUGUAUGUUCUUAUUUUAAAUUCCACACUCCUUUAUUGAACCAUUUUAAUAAGUGCCUUUGAUGUUUCAGAUGUACGGUGGGAACUGAGCAAAUGUAAAGGUCGUGUGCCCCAUUCUCAAGCCUCUCACUUCUUCAUAGCCUUUGUUACCAGUGUUGCCAAGUGUAGUGCUCUGUGUUAAUAUCAGAUAUGUAUUUGUAGCCCCUCCAUAGUGAAUGGCAAAUAAACUGUUUCAUAGAAAACAAAAA